AUAUACUCACAAUUUAUCUAUAGCAUGCCCACUUUCUUUUCUGUAACUUUAGAAUUAAUCUCCCAUAUACACAUCUUCCAAUGCCAGUAAUGGUCUUGGGAGAGGAAGCAUUCAAGUAAAAUCGAUACAUUCAAGUAAAGCCCUUACGUUUAAUUAUGUGGCUAAUGGUUUGUUGGAUGGAACUGAAGGCUUGUUUCAGCAAUUUAGCAGUUUAAACAAUGGGUUAAGCCACAAAAUGAAUAACUUGUUAUCUAGUAAUUUAAUUCACCACCACCACCAUAUAUUAUGAAGAUCAAGAGUGCUAAAACUCCCAUUUCCUUGUUCUGCUUUCAGAGGGAUUAUAUGCACUAAUAUAUAGUAGUAAGUAAUAGGCCAGUGUGGCAAAGUCCCUUGUAAAAAAGAGGGGCAGGCAGCUGACUCAUGAGUAAAAGCAAACUAACACUGGACUCCAGGGUAAUUUCCAGCACAUCCUCUGCAGCCUUCUAUUUAUUCUCAUGCUCUGGUACUUGCUCUUCCUCCAACGCCCACACCUUUUUCUCUUGGCAGGACAUCUUUAAAGCUUUAGCCGAUCCUGAACCCGAAGACACUUAACAAUGAAAACAAUUAACCAUAGGCUGUUUCUUUAAAAUAGACUUUAGUUUGGAAGAAAAAAAGUUGUAGCCUGACAAUAUUUGCCUUCUAGGAAAGGGCCUAGUGAUUGAGGGAUCCUUCCUUCAUCUACCCAGCAUCCUUGGUUUCUAUGUUUGCUGAUAAGGAAGAGGUUUUGACUUCUUACAGGAAACCUCAUAGUUUGCAUGGAAUUCCUUUGUUGUCAGCGGUGACCAGGAAAACAAUAAAUGCAAAACCAGUUUAAGGAAAUAACAGUGGCAUAUGCUGAACUUACAUAUAUUUACAUAGCAGGAGGCCAUUCUAAGGCCAUCCUACUGGUACCUCAGAACGCAUAAAUCUACUUCACUGUGGUCUGCUUACAUAGUGCACUUAACUAGGCAGCAUCAAGUGACUGCAUUGGCUAAAUGUAGUAAGGCUUAACCUCAGUUAGGCUUCAAUGACUUAGAUUGUUUGAAUUCGCUCCGUCUGGGAAACGUGACUCACUAUAGCAGCGACCUAGGCUACUAGCACGCAAUCUAGAAGCAAAUAGGGUUGUUAUAAUACAGGCUAUUGUCAACGAGGGAUUCGUGUUUCAAGGAAAUUGGUAAAUUUGGGGGUUUUGAAUUGGAAGUUGUAGGUCCAGCAGCAUCAACUAAUCGAAAAGUCCCACUUUUUUCAGAGCUGGGGCAGAUUCCCAGUAGUAGAUCACUCCUUUACCUUUUGGGGGUCGAGGAACUGAAGCUUCAAAAACGGGCCCAGCUUCUACGGUAGCUUGAUCCGCCUCGGCUCUUCUCUCUUUGCUAGAUAGGGGGCGAAUUUCAGCCUUGAGGAAACGGAUUGGCUCUGCGGCCAGCCCUAAUCAAAGCCCUCUAGCCUCGCCUGCCCGUCGCCGCUCGCUCGGCUCCUCCUCCGAAGUCCAACCCGCCGCGUGUCUCUUUCACCGGCAGCAUCAGAGCCCCGGUGGCGCGCGGAGCUGCCAGGCUGGUUCGGCGAAGGCUGGGAAUUCCGCUUGAGUGGGCGAGUCUUUGAAGAGAUGCCCAGCUGAGCGCGGACACAGGAGGAGGAGGAGGAGGAGAAAAAGUCUCCCCCGCCAUGUCCUUGCCUCCUAUCGCGCCGCCACCUUCGGCCGCCCCCCGACUGCAAUCGAGGAAGCCACACCAGCCGUCGCCGCCAGUGGCGGCUCCUCGAAAGCCGAUGGCGGUGCUGGCGACGGCCCCUCUCGCUCCAGGCAAGCCUCCUCGGAAAGGGCGCGGCGUGCCUUCCGAGCGGUCCGUCGGCUUCUCCAGUUCCUGGCCCAGCGCCUCCCUGCAGAAGCAGCUGCCGCGCAGCCGAGCGGCCCAAGGCAGCAGGAACGCCCCGCCGCCCGAAAGAGGGGCGGCAGCGGCAGCCUUGAGCGCUACCUUGUCUCGCAGCCGGGGCCGCUCGGGGCCGCCAGCCGCCGGCACGCACUCCUGCGAGAGCCUCUGCGCUGCGCCGGGAGGCCGCGGGGAGGCUUCGCUGCGCUUCUCGCUCAGCCUUCCCCCGGAGGCGAUUCGGGUCCUGCAGCGGCGGAGCCUGGAGAAGCAGCAGCGGCCGCGAGGGCGGGUGGCCCGCUUCGCUUCCCCCGACGCCUCCAGGUGUCCUCUGGCGGGAACCUCGUCGCCCGAGGGGGACUUGCGCGCCUUGCUGCAGGUGUCGCUGCUGAACGAGCGCCACCGCUACGACGACGUGGAGUACGAGGAAGACGAGGCGGCAGGCGACCCCGGAGCCUUCACGGCGGACGAAGGGCUGGUGCGCAAGUGCACCGAAUGGCUCCGUGGCGUGGAAAGAGCCGCUGCCCGGGACCGGGCGGGCAAGAUGGACAGCCUGCCUCACUUGAGCACCCUUUGAGCGGCCGGGCUUGUGCUUCCUCAGCCUUUCACAACCGGCGUGGCCCUUCGGCAAGGCGCUCUUCCGAAAAAGCACCGUUUGCGAAUAAAAAUGCUUACCAUUCCUUUUCCCCCGUUGCUUUCUUGCUUAUUCCUGCGGGGGAAAAUCUCACUUUCUACUUAUGGGUCGUACUGUAUGUGGUGGAUUUCAGCCUCUGUCGGCUCCGGAUCUUUCCUGGGGAGGUGGGUGUGGUUUUCUUUUUGUGCCUUUUCUUCUGAAACACCCAGGCGGAAAGCCCUGCCAUUCUAAUACCAGCGGUUGCUAAGGUAGCAAGGUGGCCUCACGUUGUACAACGGUAGCUUUAUGUAAAAUGCACUUUGAAGGAAUUGUUACUCCCCAGUCAACACCAUCUCUUUGCUGAUAGCACAUCAGAAAGGCGCUUACCAUUGUCUCCCAAGAUAUGUGUCAAAUAUGUCUGCCAAAAGAGCAUCCUCCCUUCACCUCCGCUUCUCGAAAUCUGCUUCACUCCUUAAAUGGAUUAGUGUUCCCUAUCCAGCAUUUUUUUAAAAAAAAUGUCAUUGCAUAGUGUUAAGGAAAAAGACAGAGGAAUGCAACUCAUCUGUGUGUGUUGUUCUUUGCUAAGGUAGUCUAAAUGUUUGAACAUGAAAGAUAAGAAUGAUGAAGUAAGUUUAAUGCCUCAAAUGUAUAUAGGUUUUAUUAAUAACAGCCAAAUAUGUGUGUUCAAUUUUUAUCAUCUCUAUUCAAUUUGUUAUAACACAUUGUUUUAUUUUGUUAACCUAUAUAAAAAUUGAGGACUGCUGUAUAAUUUGAAUCUGUUCCAAAUAUGUUUGGGACAAGUUCACCUUACUGAAAAAGGGGAUAACAUCUGAAUGCAUGCAGAGAUCCAGGCGAGUUAAAGGAAGAUUGAAAAAAAAAAUUCUCCAUGGUUUAUUUAAACUUUCUGGAUGUGCUCUGAGGGUGACUCUGAAGUUUAUGUAUUAACUUUCAUUCUCGCAACAGAGACAAAAAGUAUGCUGUCUCUAUUCAAAGUGUUUGAAACAAAAAUAUUUUUAUUAGUACUUUGUAAAUAUAGAAUAGCACAGUGAUUUUGUAAACCUGCAACAUUUCUAUUUAUUUGAUUAAACAGUAAAACUUUGUGAGA